AUGGCCGCCUUCACUUCAUCCCGACCAACAAAGCCUUAUCGCUCUAUUGCUUGCGUCUUGCUUGCUCUUAUCGCCCUGAUUCCUCCAUCAGAAUCUGCCUCCAACGAUUCCUACAGCUACCUUGAUGCCAGGUUCGUUUACACUCCCAAGGACCAAUGGCAUUUGAACGAUACUUCGACCGGCAUAGCUUAUACCAACUACACUGGCGCGAAAGUGACUACCCAUUUCUUUGGUUCGGCUGUCUAUCUAAGCAGCAGCAAAAAAGCAAAUCAAUAUCAACUUCAAGUUAUCAUCGACGACGUGGAUAAAUACCUCGUCAAUCUCAAUGGUCCUAACACCGAGAACGCCCCGCAAGAAGUUCUGUGGGGAGUCCAAUUGGUUGAAGGUAACCACACUUUCCAAGCAAUCAACCUGCGAGCCGAUCCUGAUAGGCCUUACGUGGCUUUCGCUUCCCUCACGGUUACCACAGGGCAAGUGACAAAUAGUGCCCCGGCGGUAUCUUCCCAAUCAUUUCAUUCGGUGGCCGAAACGGAGGACGACCAUGCUGAAAGGAAUUCAAUCAUGAGACGAGCCACUGGCGCGGCCGGGGCAUUGGCUGGAUUUAUAGCUCUAGUUUUUAUCGCCUAUCGAGCUCAGCGUCGUCGUCACCGAAAGCAACUUCAACAAGGCCUUCAUACCCACCGUCUUGCCGCUCAAAAGUCAAAUCUAGCAAAUCCAGAACCUGCUAUGGUCGCCCCUACGCAAAAUCUUCAUUAUGUUGCGAUUCGGCCCCAGAGCUCUACGUACACCGUCCCAACCACCCACAUGGACCGUGCUGAUAGCCUGCUGAUAAUUUCAGAAGGUCGGAAUUCGCCUGAGUCACCCCAUGAGAGAGAUGAUGAAUCUGAGUUCUGGAGACCUCGGAAAAAUUCUGAUUCCUCAAAGUAG